AUGUCGGAAGAAUUGCAAAGUAACGUUGUGGAAGAGAAGCCUGAAGAUGUAGUUGAUGGUGGUGAGGAAGUGGUGGAAAGGGCUGAAUCUGUUGAAGGUGCAGGCAGUGAUAUGGAUGAUUUGUUUGGUGACGAUGACGAUGACGAGGAUGACGAUGAAGGGGUUAGCAGAAGAAGGAUUGAUACUCAAGGUGAAGGAGAAGACGAUGGAGAUGAAGAUGAAGAUAAUAUUGGUAGAAGACGUCGUAAUUAUGUUGAUGAAGAUGAAGAUGAAGAACAAGCUAUGUAUACUAGGAAAUUCUACGGGGAAGAUGAUUAUGACAAGUCAGAUCAAGAAGAGGAUAAACAUGAGUUUAGAGAAGAAGAUGUUGUGCUGACUAGACAUGUUGUCCCAACCAAGAUUACUUCAGAAGAAAAUGAUGCUGAUACAACCAUAUAUUAUGCCAAAGUUCCGCCAUUUUUAACGAUAGACCCUAUCCCAUUCGAUCCACCAACUUUUGAAAAUGUGGUAAGAGAGAGGUUGACAAAUGGGUUAUCUAAAGAAGAACAAUUGGAAGAUAGAUUAAUAGACCAAAAUACUAUCAGAUGGAGAUAUUCGCGUGAUGAUAAUCAAAGAGUGUUCAAAGAAUCAAAUGCGACAAUUGUACAAUGGUCAGAUGGUUCAUAUUCCUUGAAAUUAGGUGAUGAAUAUACAGACAUCCUAUUAAAUGAUACCGACAAUACAUUCCUGACAGUAUCUCAUGAUCAACAGGAAUUGAUGCAAUGUGUACACGGCGGUGAAAUUUCCAAAUCUUUACUGUUUGUUCCAAUUUCUACUACUUCUAAAUUACAUCAAAGAUUGAGUAAAGCAAUAGUAAGAAGAAAUGCAACUGAGACUAUGGGUCCACGUUCGAUGAUAGUGAAUAUAGAUCCAGAACUUGAAAAGAAGGAAUUAGAAAAGAAACAAAGUCAAGUCUUUAGAGAGAGACGUAAGAAGAAGCAAAAGGAAAUCGAAGCUUUGGAAUCUCUGGAAACCACUGGAUUUGGUAAUAAUAGUUAUAGUGCUUCAAGGAAGCGUAGUACCACCCCUAUGUCUUAUGGUGGCUCGAGACGUGAUGAAUAUGAAGAAGAUGAUUUUAUAGUGGACGAUGAAGAAGAAGAACCUGAAUAUGCAGGGGAAGAGGAUGACGACGAUUUAGACGGUUUCGAGGAAGAAGAAGAAGAACAGGAAGAAGAAGAAGAAGGGGAAGAUGAAGAUGCUGAUGAAAAAAGAGCUGAACGAUUAAGAGAGCUGAAACGACAAGGGACAGCAGCUUAUAACGAUGAUGAGAAAUCUGGCUCCGAGUCGCCUAAGAGAAGAAAAGUCGCUGUAAUUGAGGACGAUGAAGAUGACUAG